GAGAGAAGAGAACGCUUAGAGAGCAAUCGACCCUAUAAAUUCUCCUUACCCAUCCCGGCUCUCUCGUACCAAAACCCCACUCGUCAGUCAUAGACACAGCAAUACCGACCGUUUUUUAUCACCAUGACCAUCUCCGUGAAGAGGAUCUCCCAGAAGCUGGUCAUCCCCUCUGAGCCCACUCCCACGGGCGUCCUCUGCCUCUCGUGGCUCGACCGAUACCCGACGCAACGAGCCCUGAUCGAGUCGCUUCAUGUAUUCAAGAAUGGCCAUGAGGCGGCGACGGUCAUAAAGCGGGCGCUGGCCAAGGCCUUGGUCCCCUACUACCCUCUCGCCGGCCGGCUUGUGGUGUCCGACCGGGGGGAGCUCCAGGUGUCGUGUACUGGAGAUGGAGUCUGGUUCGUCGAGGCGUCGGCCAGUUGCACCCUGGAGGACGUGGAUUAUUUGGAGCACCCUUUGAUGAUCUCAAAGGAUGAGCUGCUGCCUCAUCCCGAGCCAAAACUAGACCCUUCUCAGGAAGAGAAGUUGCUUUUGCUGGUUCAGGUCACAGAAUUCGCUUGCGGUGGAUUUGUGGUGGGCCUCAGAUUCAGCCAUGCCAUCGCGGACGGCCCAGGAGCAGCACAAUUCGUGGCAGCUGUUGCCGACUUCGCCCGAGGCCUCGCACAGCCGACCGUGGAGCCAGUCUGGAACAGAGACGCCAUUCCCAACCCACCAAAAUUCAGAUCAGCGCCUCCGCCGGCCCCGUCCGACGUCCGCCUGCAAUAUCUCGUGAUGGACAUCUCGUCGGAGUACAUCAAUCAUCUAAAGAGCCAAUUCAUCGAGCAAACGGGUCAGAUUUGCUCCACUUUCGAAGUCCUCAUCGCCAAGGCCUGGCAAAGCCGAGCAAGGGCGAUUCGGUUCGAGCCGGAGGCCAACGUUCACCUUUAUUUCGCCAUGAGUGCUCGCCCGUUGCUGCACCAAGUGCUGCCCUCCAAAGUAGGUUACUAUGGAAACUGCUACUACAUCAUGAAGGUCGCCACAACGAGUGGGAAAAUCAUGGAGUCGCCCAUUGUUGAGAUUGUGAAGUUGAUUAAAGAUGCUAAGAAGAGGCUGCCUGUGGAAUUUUCCAAGUGGGCCAAGGGAGAGAUCGAGGAGGACCCGUAUAAGCUGACAACGGCGUAUGAUUCGCUAUUGGUCUCGGAUUGGACCCAUCUGGGGUUUUCCCAGGUCGACUAUGGGUGGGGCACACCUGUGCAUGUAGUCCCGUUGACGAAUUCCGACAGCAUAGCUACGUGCAUCCUGGUGAAGCCAUCUGCUCCCAAGCGAGGUGCUCGUUUGAUGACGCAGUGUGUCACCAAGGAACACUUGAUGGCAUUCCGUGAUGGAAUGAUGAACCUGGCCUAGGAUUUUUUUUUUUUUUCAUUCUUUUUUUUUUCACUUCUUGAAAGCAACCGGCAGAAGCCAGAAGGUUGGUUUGUCUUUUCAAUGAAUAAUAUGAAAGUCUGAUAUAAAUUUAUUUACUGCGAGGUACACUAUUUUA